UGUGGAGAUGGCAAGGGGUCUUUUACAGCAGCAGGAGUGGCUAAAGAAAGAGCAGAUCAGUAUGAAGGGAAAGUAACAACUUAUGUCAUAAUUGCUUGCAUUGUUGCAGCUGUUGGAGGUUCCAUCUUUGGCUAUGAUAUUGGGAUUUCUGGAGGGGUAACAUCCAUGGAUGCAUUCCUUAAGAAGUUCUUCCCCUCGGUAUAUGAGAAGAAGAUGCAUUCACAUGAAAGCAACUACUGCAAGUUCAAUGACCAAGGCCUAGCAGCAUUUACAUCAUCUCUGUAUCUGGCUGGUUUGGUUGCAACACUGUUUGCAUCUCCGGUCACACGUAACUAUGGGCGUCGAAUCAGCAUAGUCUGCGGUGGCACCGCUUUUCUUGCAGGUGCAGCACUCAAUGCCUCUGCGGUUAACUUUGCUAUGCUUCUUUUAGGCCGAAUAAUGCUCGGUGUUGGCAUUGGCUUUGGUAAUCAGGCAAUACCACUGUAUCUAUCAGAAAUGGCACCCACCCAUCUCAGAGGAGGCCUAAACAUGAUGUUCCAAUUAGCAACUACUCUUGGAAUCUUCUCAGCAAACAUGGUCAACUAUGGAACCAGUAAACUUGAUCAAUGGGGAUGGAGGCUCUCUCUUGGCCUAGCUGCUGCACCAGCAAUCUUGAUGACAGUUGGUGGCAUACUUCUUCCAGAAACACCAAACAGCUUAAUCGAACAGGGUUCGAAGGAAAAAGGGCGGAAAGUUCUAGAACGAAUCCGAGGUACCCAAAAUGUUGAUGCUGAGUUUGAAGACAUGAUUGAUGCAAGUGAGUUGGCUAACUCAAUCAAGCAUCCUUUCAGGAAUAUUUUGGAGAAGAGGAAUAGGCCACAGUUGGUGAUGGCAAUUUUCAUGCCAAUGUUCCAAAUCCUUACUGGGAUCAAUUCUAUCCUUUUUUAUGCCCCUGUACUGUUUCAAAGUAUGGGAUUUAAGGGGAACGCGUCUCUGUACUCGUCUGCGUUAACUGGGGCGGUUCUUGCUCUUUCGACUCUGGUAUCGAUAGCAACGGUUGAUCGAUUGGGUCGAAGAGUUUUGCUGAUUGGUGGAGGAAUUCAAAUGAUCAUUUGUCAGGUGAUUGUGGGAAUAAUAUUGGGGCUUAAAUUUGGCAAUGAUCAAGAACUCUCAAAGGGUUAUUCAAUCUUGGUCGUGGUCGUCGUCUGUCUUUUCGUGGCAGCAUUCGGGUGGUCGUGGGGCCCACUCGGUUGGACGGUGCCGAGCGAGAUUUUCCCAUUAGAAACGCGAUCAGCAGGGCAAAGCAUUACGGUUGCCGUCAACCUCUUGUUCACUUUCAUCAUAGCACAGUCUUUCCUCUCCCUCCUUUGUGGCUUGAAGUUCGGACUAUUCCUGUUCUUUGCCGGUUGGAUCACUGUAAUGACGGUUUUCGUGUACGUUUUCCUACCGGAAACGAACGGAGUUCCAAUAGAAGAGAUGAUGCUGAUGUGGCAAAGGCACUGGUUUUGGAAAAAGAUCAUAUCAGAAGAUCCAGAGGAAAUGUAAAAAGAUACACCAAGAUACAAAAAAGAGGGAAAAUGAGAUAGAAAUUUGCGAGUAAUUGGAUAAAGGUUAUAUCAUACAUAUGAAUUAAACAAAG